CGUAAACACAUCUUCUUCCUGCCUGCGCUGUUCGGCGGGCCGCCGGUGGGCUUGUGCUGUGAGACGCGACAUAUUUUUUUUUAAAACCCGUUUUAAACCUGCUUUUGCUUCAUAUUAGUGAAUAAAUCUUCACUAUGGGCAAGAAGGAAGAAGAGGAGGUCAUUAGGAUCGCGAAGAAGAUCGAUAAACUGGCACAGAAGAAAAAUGGGUCAGGGGCUUUGGAGCUUCUCAAGGAACUGAAGAAUGUGCCCAUGACUUUGGAGUUGCUUCAGUCGACCAGGAUCGGGAUGUCUGUGAACGCUAUCCGCAAGCAAAGCACAGAUGAGGAGGUGACCUCACUGGCGAAAUCUCUUAUCAAGUCCUGGAAGAAGCUUCUGGAUGAACCCCCUGGUGGAGACAAACCCUCUGAGGAGAAAAAGAAGGAACCUGCAGCACCGGUCAUGUCUCAGUCGCAGGGUAGCCCUGAGCCCAGAGAGGAAAGCUCGAGCAGUAAUUCAAGCAGUAAGAGUGAGGCUGUUGAUAUGAUGCCCACCACCCACAUGUCAACGUUCCCUCGAGCACCAGGAACAUCUGACUCGGUGCGCCUUAAGUGCAGAGAAAUGCUCUCCAGUGCUCUGCAGACUGGAGAUGACCAUAUCACCAUUGGGGCUGACUGCGAUGAACUCGGAGCCCAGAUUGAGGAAUGCAUCUUCCUGGAGUUCAAGAACACAGACAUGAAGUAUAAGAACCGCGUCCGAAGCCGAAUCUCGAACCUUAAGGAUGUGAAGAACCCCAACUUGAGGAGGAAUGUCCUUUGUGGCAAUGUGCCUCCAGAUCGUAUCGCCAAAAUGACUGCAGAGGAAAUGGCCAGUGAUGAACUGAAGGAGAUGCGCAAGAAUAUGACCAAAGAAGCUAUCAGGGACCACCAGAUGGCCAAGACUGGAGGCACCCAGACUGACCUGUUCACCUGUGGGAGAUGCAAAAAGAACAAGUGCACCUACACGCAGGUUCAGACUAGAAGUGCUGACGAGCCCAUGACCACAUUUGUCUUCUGCAAUGAAUGCGGCAAUAGAUGGAAGUUCUGCUGAAGAUGGAGCAGGCAUCAUCAGAGCGAGAAGUGGCUAAAUUCCUGGACCAUCACUUUGUACCAUCAGCUGAUAGGAACUUUUAGGUUUUUUUGGCCUCCAUCGUACCACGGUGGCUCUGGACAUCAUCAAUGUUUUCUCAUUGUUUUGGUGUGGAUCAAAACAAUGUCCUGUGUUUUAACUUGAUGUAUAGCUAGGCUCAGCCUUUGGACUAUGAUCAGUGUCAUUUUUUUCCCCCCUUUAACAUCAGGUUUUUAUAUGUAGUUUAACGGAUGUAUUUUUGACAACAUUCACACGUAGAAAGUUUUACCUUGCCCUAAUGGAAAUUACCAGCAAUUAGGCCAUCUAAUUUUAUUAGAUUAUUGUACCUAAUAAAUUGACAACUAUUAAGGCUUUUAAAUUUCAAAUGCUGAUGAUUUUUUUCUUCUUUUUCUGUUAGUCUGACAUGUUUUGAAAAUAUGCUAGACACAAGAAGACUUCCACUUUUAUUCAUAUUUAUAUGCAUGAUUGGC